AUGUCUACAUUCCGCCCUAAAACUCGAAUGUCUUUGUCUCCCAAUGUCUAUGCACCAGGACACUCAAUGGACACUACUCGCCCCACUAUUACCAAAAGGUGUCAUACACAACAACUUCAACGCGAAAGUCUUUCUUGCAGUGAUUCCGACGAUGAUAUUGUACGUCAAGGGAAAAGACGUCGCCGUGAUAAUUCUGUAAGCUUGAUUUUUAAACAUCUUCGCCUGGAUAUUCAUUAUGCUCUCCAGCUCAUAGAGGAAACUGUCGACAAUUACCUAGAACCGUUCAGUUGGCCACGGCAAUCCGACGAUGCGCUCCAAAUGGACCGUGUCUCACAGUUUCCAACGACUUCGUCUGCAUUUAGUUUUUUCCCUUCAAGCAGCCCUCCUCUGGAUAGAUGCUUUAGGUCUUCUAGCCCAGAUUCGGGCGGAUUUCAAGAAGGAGCGGGUGAGGGCCCUUCGGAUCUUGCUCGUUUGCGAACAUCAGCAUUCUGGGAGCUGCGUCAGAGCGUGACAGAAAAUGGCGAAGGACUCGUGCGCCGGAUGCGUGACUAUGAGCGCUCUCGUUCAAGACAUCAAACUCACCAAAAGGCCAAGGACGCCGAAAAACGAGGACGAAAACGUGCAACGCGACGACAGAAGACAUACUCCAUCAAUGCCUCAGAAGAGGAAGAUGAUGAUAUUCUCAUUUCAUCAGGAGAUUCUUCGACUCAUAUAAAAUGGUGUGCUUUUGUCAACAAGAGAUCUCGCUCGUUGGACGACAUGGACGUCGAUUCCCAAAAGGAUGUCCGGUCAUCCAUUCACCAGAUACGUAGCCAGAGCUCUGGUCCACCUUCAGAUGUACAUCAUCCCACAGGGUCGCAAUACCACCAGCAAAACAAAGAGGUCGCAGCGUUGUUGGAAGAUUUAAUGUCCCCGUACAACUCGUGUACGAAUCCAUCGUUGGAGCCUACGCCGGGGUUGUCCCAUUCAUCAUGCGAGUCAGCAAAUUCGUCUUUAUUAUCGCUCGCUCUGCCUCCUUCUAUCUUGGAAGCAGACGCCGCACUUCCGUCCACCGCAAGCGAGAAAGCUCUCGCUGCAUUAAGUCUUGCGUUGGAAAAUGGCGCAGGAAGCAUCACUGAUUAUUCGUCUAUAUGGAAGUAUCAAGAACAAUUCAGUCUAGGAGAAACCCAUGAUUACGGGGAACUAUGGAACUAA